UUCCAGAUGGUUCUGGAAGCUUCAGGUCGGGAUAUUCUCGAACACUCGGAGAGGAUAGAAAAGCUGCACACAGCUGACCUGUCUGUCAGCAGCAUCUACACACUGUAUCUCUCUACUAGUGUCUACGACUGCUACCACCUCCACACAGCUCACACCGGAGAGGUUUCACUACACGGAGGACCAAGAUGCCUGAAUUACACGACCAACCAAUGGAGGAGGAGGUUGAGACGUUUGCAUUCCAGGCUGAGAUCGCUCAGCUGAUGUCCCUGAUCAUCAACACUUUCUAUUCCAACAAAGAGAUCUUCCUUAGGGAGCUUAUCUCCAACUCCUCAGAUGCCCUGGACAAAAUUCGCUAUGAGAGUCUCACUGACCCCUCCAAGCUGGAUGAUGGCAAGGAGCUCAAAAUCGAAGUUAUUCCCAACAAAGAGGAGCGCACCCUAACCUUGAUUGACACGGGCAUCGGCAUGACCAAGGCCGACCUGAUCAACAAUCUGGGCACAAUAGCCAAGUCCGGCACCAAGGCUUUCAUGGAGGCUCUGCAGGCUGGAGCCGACAUCUCCAUGAUCGGUCAGUUUGGCGUGGGCUUCUACUCUGCCUACCUCGUAGCUGAGAGGGUCACGGUCAUAACCAAGCACAACGAUGACGAGCAGUACGCCUGGGAAUCCUCUGCCGGAGGCUCAUUCACAGUUAAAGUGGACACCUCUGAGCCAAUGGGGCGUGGUACCAAGGUGAUCCUGCACUUGAAAGAAGACCAGAUAGAGUAUAUUGAGGAGCGAAGAGUCAAAGAGAUUGUGAAAAAGCACUCACAGUUCAUUGGCUAUCCCAUCACGCUCUUUGUCGAGAAAGAGCGCGACAAGGAGGUGAGUGACGACGAGGCAGAGGAGGAGGAGGAGAAGGAGAAAGACAAGGAUGAAGACGAAGACAAGGACGAGGACAAGCCCGAGAUCGAGGACGUCGGGUCAGAUGAGGAGCACGACCACGACCACGACCACAAGUGUUCAGACAAAAAGAAGAAGAAGAAGAAGAUCAGGGAGAAGUACAUUGACCAGGAGGAGCUGAACAAGACCAAACCUCUGUGGACCCGAAACCCAGACGACAUCACUAAUGAGGAGUAUGGAGAGUUCUACAAGAGUCUUACCAACGACUGGGAAGACCACCUGGCUGUCAAGCACUUUUCAGUAGAGGGUCAGCUGGAAUUCCGCGCCCUGCUCUUUGUGCCUCGUCGCGCUCCCUUCGACCUCUUUGAGAACAAGAAGAAGAAGAACAACAUCAAGCUGUACGUGCGCAGGGUCUUCAUCAUGGACAACUGCGAUGAGCUCAUCCCCGAGUACCUCAAUUUCAUCAAGGGUGUGGUGGACUCUGAGGAUCUGCCCCUGAACAUCUCCAGAGAGAUGCUGCAGCAGAGCAAGAUCCUGAAAGUCAUCCGCAAGAACCUCGUCAAGAAGUGCCUGGAACUCUUCACCGAGCUCGCCGAGGACCAUGACAACUACAAAAAGUACUACGAGCAGUUCUCCAAGAACAUCAAGCUUGGAAUCCACGAGGAUUCUCAAAACAAAAAGAGGCUGUCUGAGCUGCUGCGAUACUACACCUCAGCUUCUGGAGACGAGGUGGUUUCCCUGAAGGACUAUGUCACGCGUAUGAAGGACAACCAGAAACACAUCUACUACAUCACCGGUGAGACCAAAGACCAGGUGGCUAACUCUGCCUUCGUGGAGCGCCUUCGCAAAGCCGGCCUUGAAGUUAUCUACAUGACCGAGCCCAUCGAUGAGUACUGUGUCCAGCAGCUGAAAGAGUUCGAGGGCAAAAACCUGGUUUCAGUGACCAAGGAGGGCCUGGAGCUGCCUGAGGAUGAGGACGAGAAGAAGAAGCAGGAGGAGAAGAAGACGCAGUUUGAGAGCUUGUGCAAGAUAAUGAAGGAUAUCUUGGAGAAGAAGGUGGAGAAGGUCACAGUCUCCAACCGCCUGGUCACUUCCCCCUGCUGCAUCGUCACCAGCACUUACGGCUGGACGGCCAACAUGGAGAGGAUCAUGAAGGCCCAGGCUCUGAGGGACAACUCCACCAUGGGCUAUAUGGCUGCUAAAAAGCACCUUGAGAUCAACCCCGACCACCCCAUUGUGGAGACCCUGAGGCAGAAGGCAGAGGCUGACAAGAAUGACAAGUCUGUGAAGGACCUUGUCAUCCUGCUCUUUGAGACGGCCCUGCUCUCUUCAGGAUUUACCUUGGAUGAACCCCAGACCCACUCCAAUCGCAUCUACAGAAUGAUCAAGCUGGGUCUUGGUAUUGAUGAAGACGAUCUGACACCAGAAGAACCCAUCUCUGUUCCCACUGAGGACAUGCCCCCUCUUGAAGGGGACGAUGAAGACACAUCAAGGAUGGAGGAGGUGGACUAGGCCGGUUUCUGCUGCCUUGUUAGCGUUCAGAAGUAGUGUUACAUAAAAUUUAAAGUUUAAUGUUGUAAAUGAGCCUGGAGUGGCUCUCCCCUCAACCCCCUUUUUGACCAAAUUCUUUAAAACCUUUAUUUCCCCUUACAUUGACCAUAUGCAGCUCAGAUUCAUUCCUUUUUAGAGACUUGUUUUUUAAGUUGUCACUUUUUGUAACUUGAGUUUUAUCAAUGCUUUUUUUUUUUUUGUAUUUAUUGACAUUCCAAUGUUCUUUGUGUGUUCUUACUUUAACUGUAAAUAUUAUCAAAAUUGGUACGGUUAUUUGAAACGGGUGGGACCCAUAAAUAAAGGUUUACCAUGUUAACAAGUUA